AUGAAAUUAAGCAGGUCCGCUAGAGGCGUCCUACGGUCUCUGCGACCAAGGGCGGCCGAUAUAAAGUCAACAAAGUCAACAAAGUCUCCUAGAUCCUCUAGAAAUUCCAAAACGCGAUACAAUGUCGUUCUAACGUCUGUCGACGCGUCGGAAGCUGAAGAGGAAGGAACUGUAUCUUCGCGUCGUCGACCGGGUGAAUUUGAGGUGCAGCGGCCCGCCGCAGGAAACUCUGCAAGUGCAUGCAUCCUGGGCAAGAGGCGGGGACACGAGGCCAACGAUAUGGGACACCCUAAUAUUGCCAUCCACGAGGAUCCAGACGAAGUUUUCCAUGAUGCUCCUCACUCACAGCAUCUGAGGGCUAAGGGGAUGGGUCAAGGACAUUAUGAGGACGAUGACGAGUCUAUGGACGGCUCCUGCUCAGAGGACUCAGAACACAGUGAAGAUGAGGUCGAUGAGAGUGUCAUGGAGGACAUGCAUAAGUUGGAAGAGAGCUUCAAGGGGAUUUCUCAGAAGUAUAGACUCAUAAAUCGCAUCGGCGAAGGUACAUUCUCGACUGUAUACAAAGCCGAACAGCUCCCUCAACCGGACGACUUGGACGUAGAAAAUGACGAAGUAGGCGACCAGUUGGAUGAACAACUGCCACCAUCUAAGAGGCGAAAGACAAAUACUGCGAGCAUACACCCACGCUGGCGACGGCGACCGCAGAUUGUGGCGUUGAAGAAGAUCUAUGUGACAUCGUCGCCGCAUCGGAUCCUGAACGAGUUGGAGCUUCUUCACGAAUUGCGAGACUCCCCAUAUAUUUGUCCGUUGUUGACGGCAUUCAGGCACCUCGACCAGGUCGUUGCCGUGCUGCCUUACUUCAGGCACCUCGACUUCCGACUAUACUAUCGAGAUUUUCUGGUCAACGAUAUGCGACACUACUUCAGAAGUCUGUUCAACGCGCUGUGGCAUGUCCACAAGGCUGGGAUCCUGCACCGAGAUAUCAAGCCCACCAACUUUCUCUACGAUCACUCUAAACGACAGGGCGUCCUCGUCGAUUUCGGGCUUGCUGAGCGCCAAGGCACUGAUUGGCAGGCAUGUUUAUGCACGGAGCAAAAAGAGAAGCGGAAAGAAAAGUUUCUCAACUCUUUUGCGGUGCAAGUGCUGCAGACACAGCCUGAUCUACAGUCUAACGGCUUUCCGAAGAAUGACAGCCGUCCAUCAAGAAGGGCGAACAGGGCUGGUACACGUGGCUUUCGUGCACCGGAAGUCCUAUUGAAAUGCACUUCCCAAACCACCAAGAUCGACAUCUGGUCCGCUGGUGUUAUCCUUCUCACACUUUUAGCACGACGAUUCCCGUUCUUCAACAGCGCCGACGACGUUGACGCCAUGAUCGAAAUGGCAUCUAUUUUUGGUCGAAAGAAGAUGCAGGGGGUGGCUGCCAUGCAUGGCCAAUUGUUCGAAACAAACAUCGAGACAAUUGGGGAGCGUGGGUUUACGCUCGAGAAGAUUGUUCUGUGGGCAAGUUGCCGAGAGAAAGAACAUGACCAGCUCAGGGCUGGGGAAGAUCAAGCCGUCGCAUUCCUCCAGGGCCUUCUGGAGCUCGAUCCUACCAAACGGUGGAGUGCGAAAGAAGCACUACAGCAUGAGUUCUUCACGUCUCCUGUCGAAGAUGAAGAGGAGCGUGCAGAGCGGGAAGCCCAGGAGACCAUUGAGGAGCACGAAAGAAUGAGACAACGCUAGAGCUGUCGACUUCCAUUUCAUUCAAUCCUCGCCUGAGAUGUUGAACGAUGCCUCAUUAGUAGAUGGCAGCGUUCGAAAUGGUUUAUGCAUUCAAUGACGGAGUGGUUGAACUGUAUUCUUAGCAAGCUAUAUACCCCUGGAGCAUGGCAUGGCGUGGCGGGGCAUUGCAAGGCGCCCCUGACGUGAACGAACAGCAUGUCUGGGUUUUGACGAGAUGAGAACUUGAAAUGUCUAGAAUAUUACAAUAGGCACAAUCUAAUAUCACUGCAC